CAAUUUCUGUUCAAUGUGUUUAUCAUGGUUUCCGGAAACGAUUGUUUGCACGAUGAAACAGAAUCUUCAAAUAUAACAUCUUUGCAGACAGAUUCUAGUUGCAAAACUAAUACCAAUAUCAAUCAAUCUUCACAUGAAUCUGUCUGUCAAAAAGAUUCAUGUAAUAAUAAUUUUCAACAAUUUAAUUUUAAAGACUGUAAAUGUCGAGAGAUACAUUCAAUUAUACAUGGAAUAUCUUCGGAAGAAAUCGAUCCUGUAGUAGUGGAAUCGUACAAUAAUGAUCUACUGAAAGAUAAAAAUUUGAUAGAUCAGACGCUAUGUCAAUGUCACGCUCGUAAGAUGUAAUACAAAUACUUCCAUUCUAUGUAACAAUUAUUAAUUGACUAUUUUUUUUAUUUUCUAGCAGAGCUUAUACUUUACCUGUGAAGUACAAGAAUGGUAAAAACUUCAAUAUUAUUUAAAUUAUUUUACACUAUCACUAAAUUAUUA